AUGGCAUGGCUGGGGCUGCCCAGUGGCAGUGUGGACCAGCUGCAGGGGUUUCUUACAAGAGCGGUGACAGGAGACAGCGAUCCAGAGGUGCUAAUAGAAUUUUGCCAGUUGCGAGGACAAUACUCAUGUGAGGUGCCCAAUGGGUGCACACUGAUCGACUACAACUCCAUCGCCUCCUACGGGUACCCACGCCAGACUGCAUUGCAGCUCGUUGCACAACAGCCAGCUGCCCCUGAGUCGGCCACAGUGGCCCCACUCUUUGACUUUGACAAGUACAGCAAGUAUUCCAUUGGCUUGGCUGCAAACGGGGUGGCCAUCAAGAACUACCGUGAGGAGAUGCAUGCCUCAGAGGUAGCGAUGAAGAAAGCAGCGGGAUGCAAGAAGGUCAAGCGGUUGGUGGCCCCCAAAACAACAGCUUUCAAGAAAUCUACUAUUGGCUACAAACCUGGCCAGGUUACGAGCAAUUUCAGCCAAUGA